AGGAAGAUAUGCAUGAAAAAGGUUAAAGAGAAGAAUCAGUAUUAAAAUUUUGUUGUGUGUGAUAAUUAGUAAGUAAUUAGCAGUAAAGUAAAGGAGAGAAAAUCCAAAGUGUUGAAAGGUGUGAUUAGAUGUCGCAGCAAUAGAAAGUAUUGGUUAACCAACUCCCAAAAGUAAAAAACAUAAAAAUAGGAAGAUAUGGCUAUAAUGUUGCACUUCAAUCUGAGGACUGUAAAUUUGGAAGUGGCUAUUCUGAUGAGUGAAGAUGAGAGUAAGACACCACAUAUUUCUAAAAAAAUUGAAGUUAUAUAAUAGUUAGGGUUCUGCUCUGUUGUGUUCUUCUGCUCUGCUCUGCUCUGCCUUGCAUUGCAUUGCAUGCUCAGUGAUUGUUAUCUUCAUUGCAAGACAAGCACAAUGAAGGAUUCAUCAGAAAAGCUGAUUUGGGAUCAGAAAAGCGCACCACAGACACGAGCCUCUCCCACAGCAAAGAUGAUGGUGUGGACCAUCCUCUUCGUUUCCCUCACCUACGUUCUCUACACCUUCAAGCUCGUAAGCACCUCCACCACCUGCAGCCACGGUCCAUUCUCCAUCAACCGCAUCUCCUCUUCUCCGUCUCCCUCCAAUGCCACUGUCCAUUCCCCCAUCGGCUCAUCCUCCCCCACCAACCUUCGCCACGUCGUGUUCGGAAUCGCCGCCUCCUCCAAGCUCUGGGAGCAUCGCAAGAACUACAUCAAGCUGUGGUACAAGCCCAAGUUGAUGAGAGGGGUGGUCUGGCUCGACGACCGAGUCAAGACCCACCGCAAAGAAGGCCUACCGCCGGUGAAGAUCUCCACCGACACCUCCAACUUCCCUUACACCAACAAGCUGGGCCACCGCUCCGCCCUCCGAAUAUCGCGGAUCGUGACGGAGACUCUCCGCCUGGGCCUGAAGGACGUCCGGUGGUUCGUGAUGGGGGACGACGACACCGUCUUCGUCACGGAGAACCUUCUCAGAAUUCUUCGGAAAUACGACCACAACCAAUACUAUUACAUCGGUAGCUUGUCGGAGAGCCACUUGCAGAACAUAUUCUUCUCUUACGGCAUGGCGUACGGCGGCGGCGGCUUCGCCAUCAGCUACCCUCUUGCGAAGGCUCUGCAGAAGAUGCAAGACCGAUGCAUUAAACGUUACCCUGCUCUGUACGGCUCAGAUGACAGAAUGCAAGCUUGUAUGGCGGAACUCGGUGUUCCACUCACAAAAGAAAUCGGUUUUCAUCAAUACGAUGUGUAUGGGAACCUCUUCGGGCUUCUUGCCGCACACCCUGUGACGCCAUUGGUAUCACUCCACCACCUGGACGUUGUUGAGCCAAUAUUCCCCAACGCCACUCGGGUGGAAGCUCUGAAACGCCUCACCAUUCCCAUGAAGCUUGAUUCCGCCGCCCUCAUCCAGCAAUCCAUCUGCUACGACAAGAACAGCCGCUGGACUGUUUCCGUUUCUUGGGGGUUCGCCGUUCAGAUAUUCCGCGGCAUGUUCUCCGCACGCGAGAUGGAGAUGCCUUCUAGAACCUUCUUGAAUUGGUAUAGGAGGGCGGACUACACUGCCUAUGCUUUCAACACGCGUCCCGUUAGCAGAAACCCGUGUCAGAAGCCAUUUGUUUUCUAUUUCUCCAAAGCCACAUUCAAUUCCACACAGCAACUCACUCUCACUCGCUACGAAAGACACCGUGUCCCUCAUCCUGAGUGCCGCUGGAGGAUGCCUGACCCUUCUGCUAUCGACAAUGUCAUCGUCUACAAGAAACCGGACCCCCAUCUUUGGGAUAGAGCGCCUAGGAGAAACUGUUGCAGGGUCAUCAAGUCCAACCACCAAGGAACAAUGGUCAUUGAUGUGGGUGUAUGCAAGAGCGGUGAGGUUACCGAAAUUUAAUCACCCUAAUCACCUCACUAAUUUAUAUUAGGGUGGGACAUUCUUAUGCAGCAGCAGCUUCUUGUCCAUAUUCUUAGGGCUAAUUUCUUUAUAUUUGUAUUCAUUAUUGGGCUUCAACGUUUAGUUUUCUUCUUUCUUUUUCUUCUUCUUCUUUUUUUUUUUUUUAAAUCUGGAGCUCACUGAAAUUGAGUGGGUUGUGGAAGGAAAGGUAGGUGUAAGGGGAAAAAUCAGGUUCGCAGUUUAUUACUGUUAUUUAUUUUUGCUUACAAUUGUGUAUUUUAAUUUAAUCAAUAAUGAAGAUGGGAUAACAGAGAUGUUCAA